GGGCUGACGGCCCCCCCCAGGGCGGGAUCCAGUACGAGGUGGUGACGGUGUUCAAGGACGGGAGCCCGGUGCUGCGGGACAUGGCCUUCUCCAUCGACCACAAGUACCUGUACGUCAUGGCAGAGCGCCAGGUGUCCCGGGUGCCCGUGGAGUCCUGUGAGCAGUACACGACCUGCCAGGAGUGCCUGAGCUCGGGGGACCCCCACUGCGGCUGGUGCUCCCUCCACCACAUGUGCUCCCCGAGGGACCGCUGUGAGCGGGCAGAGGAGCCGUUCCGCUUCGCAGGGAGCAUCAGCCAGUGCCUGAGCGUGGCCGUGCAGCCCAGCAGCAUCUCCGUGUCUGAGCACAGCCUCCCGCUCAGCCUGCGGGUGAGUGAUGCUCCAGACCUGAGUGCCGGGGUCAGCUGCCUCUUCGGGAACCUGAGCGAGGUGGAGGGGCAGGUGUCGGGCAGCCAGGUGGUUUGUGUGUCACCUGCAGCCAGAGAUGUCCCUGCCAUCCCCGUGGAUCAGGACUGGUUUGGUGUCGUGCUCCAGCUGAAGUCCCGGGAGACCGGCAGGACCUUCGUGAGCACCGAGUUCAAGUUCUACAACUGCAGUGCCCACCAGCUGUGCCUGUCCUGUGUGAACAGCGCCUUCCGCUGCCACUGGUGCAAGUACAGGAACCUGUGCACCCACGACCCCACCACCUGCUCCUUCCAGGAGGGACGGAUCAACGUCUCCGAGGACUGCCCCCAGCUGUUCCCCACGGAGGAGAUCCUGAUCCCGGUGGGAGAGGUGAAGCCCAUCACGCUGAAAGCCCGGAACCUCCCCCAGCCCCAGUCGGGCCAGAGGGGCUACGAGUGCGUGCUCAGCAUCCAGGGCAUCAUCCACAGGGUGCCCGCCCUGCGCUUCAACAGCUCCAGCGUGCAGUGCCAGAACAGCUCGUACCUCUAUGAUGGGAUGGACAUCAGCAAUUUGGCAGUGGACUUUGCCGUGGUUUGGAACGGGAACUUUGUCAUUGACAACCCGGAGAAUCUGAAAGUGCACCUGUACAAGUGCGCGGCUCAGCGCGAGAGCUGCGGGCUGUGCCUCAAAGCCGACCCCAAGUUCGAGUGUGGCUGGUGCAGCGGCGAGGCCAAGUGCACCCUGCGGCCCCACUGCGGCUCCCCCUGGCUCGACUGGUCCAGCCACAACGUCAAGUGCUCCAACCCGCGCAUCACCGAGAUCCUGACGGUGUCGGGGCCCCCGGAAGGAGGGACGAGGGUGACCAUCCGUGGUGUCAACCUGGGUCUGGACUUCUCGGAGAUCGCGCAGGGCGUGCAGGUGGCCGGGGUGCCGUGCACGCCCCUGCCCGAGCACUACGUCGUGGCCGAGCAGAUCGUCUGUGAAAUGGGGCAGGCGCUUCCAGGGAUCAGCUCCGGCCCAGUGCUCCUGUGCAUCGGAGAGUGCAAGCCCGAGUUCACGGCCAAGUCAGCGCAGCAGUACAUGUUCGUGACUCCAGCUGUGAGUUUCCUGAGCCCCAGCCGUGGCCCAGAGUCGGGAGGGACCAUGGUGACCAUCUCUGGCCACUACCUCGGGGCUGGCAGCCGUGUGUCCGUGCUCCUGGGCAACCAGACCUGCGAGUUCCACGAGCGAUCCAUGAAUGAGAUUGUUUGUGUGUCAGCACCCUCAGCCCACGGCCUGGGGACUGUUCAGGUCUCUGUCAGCGUGGACAGGGCUCAGCUGGAGAGGACUUUGCUGUUUGAGUACAUCGAUGACCCCAAGGUGCAGCACAUCGAGCCCGAGUGGAGCAUUGCCAGUGGACACACACCCCUGACCAUCACUGGCUCCAACCUGGACGUGAUCCAGGAGCCCCGGAUCCGUGUCAAGUACAACGGGAAGGAGUUUGUCAACGUGUGCAAGGUGGUGAAUGCCACAGCCCUGGCCUGCCUGGCACCACCGCUGAGCCCCGAGUACCGGCCGGGGCUGGACGCCGUGGAGCGCCCGGACGAGUUCGGCUUCAUCUUCAACAACGUCCAGUCCCUGCUGGUCUACAACGACACCAAGUUCAUCUACUACCCCAACCCCACGUUCGAAAUGCUGAGCUCCACGGGCGUGCUGGAGCAGAAGCCGGGCUCUCCCAUCAUCCUGAAGGGCAGGAACCUGUGCCCGCCCGCCCCGGGAGGAGCCAAGCUCAACUACACGGUGCUGAUCGGGGAGACGCCCUGCGCUGUCACCGUGUCCGAGACUCAGCUGCUGUGCGAGCCCCCCACCCUCACCGGGCAGCACAAAGUGAUGGUGCGUGUUGGGGGGGUCAUCUUCUCCCCUGGCUCUGUGAGCAUCGUGUCCGACAGCCUCCUGACCCUGCCCGCCAUCGUCAGCAUCGCGGCCGGCGGCUCCCUGCUCCUCAUCAUCGUCAUCAUCGUCCUCAUCGCCUACAAGCGCAAGUCCCGAGAGAACGACCUCACCCUCAAGAGGCUGCAGAUGCAGAUGGACAACCUGGAGUCCCGGGUGGCCCUGGAGUGCAAGGAGGCUUUUGCAGAGCUGCAGACGGACAUCAACGAGCUGACCAGCGACCUGGACCGCUCGGGGAUCCCCUACCUGGACUACCGCACCUACGCCAUGAGGGUGCUGUUCCCUGGCAUCGAGGACCACCCUGUCCUGCGGGAGCUGGAGGUCCAGGGGAACGGGCAGCAGAGCGUGGAGAAGGCCUUGAAGCUCUUUGCCCAGCUGAUCAACAACAAGGUGUUCCUGCUGACCUUCAUCCGCACGCUGGAGCUGCAGCGCAGCUUCUCCAUGCGGGACCGCGGCAACGUGGCCUCGCUCAUCAUGACGGGGCUGCAGGGCAAGCUGGAGUACGCCACGGAUGUCCUCAAGCAGCUGCUCUCCGACCUCAUCGAGAAGAACCUGGAGAACAAGAACCACCCCAAGCUGCUCCUGCGCAGGACCGAGUCGGUGGCAGAGAAGAUGCUGACGAACUGGUUUGCCUUCCUGCUGCACAGAUUUCUCAAGGAGUGUGCUGGAGAGCCCCUGUUCAUGCUCUACUGUGCCAUCAAGCAGCAGAUGGAGAAGGGCCCCAUCGAUGCCAUCACGGGAGAGGCACGGUACUCCCUGAGCGAGGACAAGCUCAUCCGGCAGCAGAUCGAGUACAAGACCCUGAUCCUAAACUGUGUGAACCCAGACAACGAGAACAGCCCCGAGAUCCCUGUGAAGGUGCUGAACUGCGACACCAUCACCCAAGUCAAGGAGAAGAUCCUGGAUGCCGUGUACAAAAACGUCCCCUAUUCCCAAAGACCGAGAGCUGUUGACAUGGAUUUGGAGUGGCGGCAGGGCCGGAUUGCCCGUGUGGUGCUGCAGGAUGAAGACAUCACCACCAAGAUCGAGGGGGACUGGAAGCGCCUGAACACCCUGGUGCACUAUCAGGUGUCAGACCGCUCCGUGGUGGCUCUGGUUCCCAAGCAAACCUCAUCCUACAACAUCCCUGCCUCUGCCAGCAUCUCCAGGACAUCCAUCAGCAGAUAUGACUCCACGUUCCGCUACACCGGGAGCCCCGACAGCCUCCGGUCCCGCGCGCCCAUGAUCACCCCCGACCUGGAGAGCGGCGUCAAGGUCUGGCACCUGGUCAAGAACCACGACCACGGCGACCAGAAGGAGGGAGACAGAGGCAGCAAGAUGGUGUCAGAGAUCUACCUGACCAGGCUGCUGGCUACAAAGGGCACGCUGCAGAAGUUCGUGGAUGACCUGUUUGAGACGCUGUUCAGCACGGUGCACCGCGGCAGCGCCCUGCCCCUCGCCAUCAAGUACAUGUUUGAUUUCCUGGACGAGCAGGCGGACAAGCACGGCAUCCACGACACCGACGUCCGGCACACCUGGAAGAGCAACUGCCUCCCCCUCCGCUUCUGGGUGAACGUGAUCAAAAACCCUCAGUUCGUGUUCGACAUCCACAAGGGCAGCAUCACGGACGCCUGCCUCUCCGUGGUGGCUCAGACCUUCAUGGAUUCCUGCUCCACCUCGGAGCACCGCCUGGGCAAGGACUCGCCCUCCAACAAGCUGCUGUACGCCAAGGACAUCCCCAGCUACAAGAGCUGGGUGGAGAGGUAUUACGCUGACAUUGCCAAGCUCCCGGCCAUCAGUGACCAGGACAUGAACGCCUACCUCGCCGAGCAGUCACGCCUGCACGCCGUGGAGUUCAACAUGCUGAGUGCCCUCAACGAGAUCUACUCCUACGUCAGCAAGUACAGCGAGGAGCUCAUCGGGGCUCUGGAGCAGGAUGAGCAGGCUCGGAGGCAGCGCUUGGCGUACAAAGUAGAGCAACUCAUUGGGGCCAUGUCCUUCGAGAGCUGAAGAAAGGUCAGGGGCAGCAAAGGGCAGAGGAUUGCACGGACUCUGGGGAAUCUGGAGGGAGAACAAGCAAGGAAGGCACUGGACACACCCCCAAGGCUCUUCUGGAGAGAGCAGAGCCUGGCCCAAGGACUGGCUGCCUUCAAAAAUCAUACAGGAUCCAGCUGGAAAGGGCAGGAAGGGAAGAAGAUGAAACAGCUCAAAGUCCAAGCAAGGUGGAUCAUUUUUUCAAGAAGGAACCUGGAAAGUCUGGAUGUCUCCACGACUGCUGCUUUGCAUGAAAAUUGUUUAAUGUAUAUUAGAAAAUAAAACUUUAUUUAAAGGUUUUUUUUUAAAAAAAAAAAAAAAGGAAGAAAAAGGAAAAAAAAAUAGAGCAAAAACCACAGAGGCCAUAGAGAUAAUCCUGGCAAGAAGGAUCAGCUCUGAAUCCUGUCCCUGGGAGCCUUAGGAGGGCACAGCUCAGGCAUUCUGCACAUGGACUCUCACACCCAUUGGAAGGUCUGGAAAACCGAAAUGUCUCCAUUUUGGAUUCUUACAACGAGCACAAGUCUGCACCACACCUUUUUACACAGGCAAAAUAGCAGUUCUGCCCAAAACCAGUCCAGUGGCUGAGUAACUUAGAGGCACUAGAAGGAACUUUACCUGAAUUGCAAAACCAUCAGAUCACCCGACCUGUCUUGAAAUCCAGCUUUAUCCAUGUAUUUAUAUUGUGUCAAUAUAUAUAUUUUUUCUUAAUCCCGUUUGCUGUCGAAUGAGGAAAGAUCUGAAUUUCACUGCUUUUCAUUUUUCCACCCCCAUCUCACCUCGCUGGCUGCUGGUGACCCAGCAGUGUCCACC